AUGCAGACGGAUCUCCGUCACAGAGAAACUGUAGAAGGCCUUCGAGAGAGCGAUUGUCUUCUGAUUCAUUCAUGUCGGCAGUGGACAACAAUUACAGCUCACAGUCUGGAGGAGGGUCACUACGUCAUAGGGCCAAAGAUAGAAAUCCCUGUACAUUAUGCAGGAGAAACUGUAGAAGGCCUUCGAGAGAGCGAUUGUCUUCUGAUUCAUUCAUGUCGGCAGUGGACAACAAUUACAGCUCACAGUCUGGAGGAGGGUCACUACGUCAUAGGGCCAAAGAUAGAAAUCCCUGUACAUUAUGCAGGGCAGUUUAAGCUGCUGGAACAAGACCGAGAUAUUAAGGAGCCAGUGCAGUAUUUUAACAGUGUGGAGGAGGUGGCUAAAGCAUUUCCUGAACGAGUUUACGUCAUGGAGGAAAUAACAUUCAACGUUAAGGUGGCUUCAGGUGAAUGCAAUGAAGACACUGAGGUUUACAACAUUACCCUUAGUACUGGGGAUGAGCUCACUUUAAUGGGACAAGCAGAAAUCCUUUAUGCAAAAUCUUCUAAGGAGAAAUCACGACUCAAUACCAUCUUCAAAAAAAUUGGGAAACUUAAUUCAAUUAGUAAGCUAGGCAGAGGCAAAAUGCCCUGCCUCAUCUGCAUGAACCACAGGACCAACGAAAGCAUCAGUCUCCCUUUCCAGUGUAAAGGCAAGUUUAGCACCCGCAGCCCAUUGGAGGUGCAGAUGCAAGAAGGUGAGCACACGAUUCGCAAUAUAGUAGAAAAAACCAGGCUGCCCGUUAACGUGACUGUGCCGAGUCCUACACCAAGAAACCCUUAUGACCUGCAUUUUAUCCGUGAAGGGCACAGGUACAAGUUUGUCAACAUUCAAACCAAGACUGUGGUGGUUUGUUGUGUGCUUCGUGGCAACAAAAUUAUUCCCAUGCAUUUUCCCUUGCACUUGACGCUUCCGAAAUUUACUCUACCCGACAGUCUGGUGAAGGGGGAGCUGUGGCACGAAUCCAUCAUCCAGCACUGGUUUAAUAUAUGCCAGGAACAGUUUGACAUAGAUGAGUAUUCCCGUGCCGUGCGAGAUGUGAAAACUGACUGGAACGAAGACUGCAAGAGCCCGAAGAAGAGCCGAUGCACUGGGCACAGCCACGUGCCGAACUCCCUCAGCUACGCACGGGACGAACUUACGCAGUCCUUCCACCGGCUUUCGGUGUGUGUCUAUGGAAACAACUUGCAUGGGAAUAGUGAAGUGAACCUCCACGGCUGCAGGGACUUGUGUAACGAGUGGGCCCUGUUCUCUCAUGAUGCUCUUCAGUACCAGGAGUCUGGUGACAGUAGCAGUGAUUAUCUUUUCCCUGAAGUUAGCGAAGAAUCGAUGUUUCUGCCUACAAAACCAGAACUUCCUUAUGAAGAGCUGUGGUUGGACCAAGGGUCUGGAAAGGCUGGUGACCAGCCUCUCACUCGCUCGCUAAGUGAGAAGAACAAAUGUGACAGCUACAGAGGGUCUUUCCGAUCAAAGUGUGGUACCACAUCUCUUCCUGCGACUGUCGGAGCAACCACAAAGUCUUCAGAUGUUUCCCUACCUCCACCUCCAGUGCCUCCCAAAUCAGAAGCAGUAAAAGAGGAAUGCAGGCUCCUGAAUGCUCCCCCUGUCCCACCACGGAGUUCAAAGCCGUCCUCCACCAGUCCUUCCAUCCCUCCUCGUACAGUCAAACCUGCACGACAGCAGACCCGCUCUCCUAGCCCUACUCUGUCCUACUACUCUUCGGGACUGCACAACAUCAAUGUCACAGAGAGCGACAACACCAACCCAACUGAGAGCACACCUGUUUCCUGCUACCCUUGUAACAUGAUGAAAACCGAAUCCAAAGAGCCUGAGAGCACGAUGCCUUUGGGAAGCCCUUCAACUGAAGCUCUGCCUUCGCGGUUGUCUUGGCCAAACCAUUUUUCAGGAACUGCUGAAGGCCUGAAUAGGAGUGAUUUCCUGCUCGAUCCCAGCAGGAGCUACAGUUACCCCAGACAGAAGACUCCAGGUACGCCAAAGAGAAACUGCCCAGCACCUUUGACUUUUGACUUCGAUGGGUGUGAGCUCCCGGCGGGGUACUCCCCGCUGACCCCCUCAGAGUUCACGAACACCAUCUCUAGCUGUCCAAAGUCGGCAAGUUACUCUCUAGACUGCACUGAUGAGAAAACUCUGGGAGUCAGCAACACAAAGCAGAGCCAUUCAUGUCCUGCCUUACCUCCUCGGGCACCGAAGUCAAGUGAAGAGAAAAUGGUUACAGACAUCUGUCCCUUGCCGCUGAAAAUAGAUGGUGCUGAGGAGGAGUCGAAAACUGGUUCUCCAGACCUCUUGGAAGAUCAGUAUCUCGUUAAAAAGGGCAUGCAGGAUACGUUCUCUGUGUCUUAUCCCUUCUCGUCUCCCCUCCACCUCCAGUUAGCACCAAGAUCUUGUGGGGAUGGCUCUCCCUGGCAGCCGCCCACAGACCUUUCUGGACUCUCGGUAGAGGAAGUGUCUAAAUCGCUGAGGUUUAUUGGUCUGUCAGAAGAUGUCAUAUCGUUUUUUGUUACAGAGAAGAUUGAUGGCAAUUUACUGGUUCAGCUUACGGAAGAAAUCCUGUCAGAAGACUUUAAGCUAAGCAAAUUGCAGGUUAAGAAAAUACUACAGUUCAUUAAUGGCUGGCGGCCCAAGAUGUGAUGCCGACUAGUUAUUAGUGAAACUGUACGAGAUGUGCUCGAUGCACUUCAGCUAAUACAUCACUUCCUGUUUUUUGCACUAAAAGCCCUUCCUGUAAAUAGUAGUAGAAAAAUUCUUACUAUGCAGAUAAAUGGUUUUGAGUGGUGAAUGGAUUUUUUUUUUUGUAUGUCAAUAAUAAAGAUAGAGAAUCUGCAGAGGUGUGCCUUGAGCAUCCCUGAACAUUCAACAGCUGCUAAAAACUGGACACUAAGGGAACUUUUACUCCAUAGUCUGUUAAGACUUAGUCGUAUUUAUUACUGAACAAUUUGAUGCUGAAAGACACACACCGAUCCAGUUUACAAUUUUGUGUUAACUGCAAAAAAAAUGUAUUUCUUAUGGGUUUAUUUCUGUUCAAAUAAUAUUUGGCAACAUGCUGUGACUUUCUUCCGUUUCUGUUAACAAAAAGCAUGUUCAGAUAUACAAAAACAUCGUUUUCACACUACAGCUGAAAAUGUUAAGAAUUGCUGUGAAGUGCCACUAAUACACUAUUCUUGCAGCAUAUUUUUAUUAACAGUAUCUUCCUGACUACCUGUAACGUGGAUACAUUUUCCAUGUUACUUUGAGCAAAAAGAGUUAAAUGUUUUUAAAACAAGAGUCUUGCUUAGCUCAUUGCCCAGAGGGGGAGGGAGAAGGGGGAUUUUCCUACUGAGCCACUCUGCCCUGGCCAAUUAAAAGUUUAUGACCUGUAGAUUUCAAAAGUUGCUUUUGUAGUCGGAUGGCUUGAGUAAGUAGCAUGACUUCUGGUUGUGCAGCUUUCUCAUGGGAAAGGCAGUUCAGUGCACAGACUCUUCUCUCGGCAGAUCCUGCCUGCCGCAGUAGCCAGCUAGCACAGCCCUUGCAGUAGCCUUGCUCUGGCGAAAGGCAACCCCUUAUAUUUUCUCUGCUGCUGUUGUUGUCAUCUGAAAAUGCGCUCAAUGUGCUAUCCUGUUCCUGUGGUCGGAUCUGUGUGGGAAGGUGAUAGUACUCCUGUAGGAUGCCUUUGAAAUAAAGCAUUAGCGAGGUGGGAACAGAAACAGCACAUGGCACGCUGGUAAGGAGGAGUCAAGUGAGGGUUUGGGCCAUGCCUUGGGAAAUGCUUGUGAUGUUUUAAGUUCACCUGUCUUGUUUGCAGUGGGCUAGGAGGAUGUGGGUGUCAAAGUGGGAGGGACUGUAGCAUCGUAAGACGUGCCAAUUCAGUUGCCCAGCUGCAAAAACUCACUGCAAUAGAUGUCACAUGGAAGUAGCAGUCAAAAGGGAGCACAGAGAUGGGAAGGGGACAUUAGGCUGCCCCUGGAGACCUUUCAAAUUUAACUGCUCAGAAGGCUAGAAAUAGGAUUAACUUUUGACAGUCCCUUGCUGAUUUCCUGUGCUUGGCAGAGGUCUCUGAUGUGUCUAAAUAACCCCUGGAUCCUCUGCUUUUGUGGUACUGAAUGCAAGGAUUUGUGGAGGUCCUCAGGAAACAGUCUGUGGUGUCCAUCCUCAGUGCCCAGGAUCCUCAGGUGGUCAGAGCCAGGGAUGCUGGAGCAGCUUCACCUGCUGCUGAGCAGAGCCCUGGCCAGGGUGACACCAUCACCUGCCUUUCUUACCUUUUUGAAGUACAAAAAAAAUCUCUCUUUUUCCAUUGUAGGGCAUGUAGUGGGAGCAUCAAGAGGAAAUACAGAGGAGGGACAAAAAGGAGAGGCUGCUUUUGCCUGUUUUCUCAACCAAAUUCACUCAUUAAAAAGAAUUUAUUUGCAAAUGGAGUUUUCUGUUGCCCGGGCAAAUUUCAUGUCAUGUCUCCAUGCCAAAGCCAAGAUGCAUCAUUUGUCUUGCAAUAAUGCAAACCACCAGUUCCCAACCAGAAAAGCAAAGCCCAAUUGAUGUGGGUACUAGAAAGCAGUGAGCCAAAAAAUAUCCCAAUAGAAAAACCCCAAGAGUUCAUAAUCCUACUCCUUUUCUUAAUGUAUUGACUUUGAGCAACAGAUCAAUAGCUUUCUCCAGAUGUGUUUUAAUUAGCGUCCUAAAAUAUUUUAGCUGCAAGUAAGUCUAAAUCAAAUUCAAGUACUGUUCAGAUGUGUAUGCUUGUUGGUAGGCAUGUGCAAGUUGAAGUCAAUUGCAUUUUAACCCUCGCUAUGUCAAAUGAGCAUUCAAACUCGAAAGGGCCAAAUUUUAAAUAACAGGUACUUUUCUUUGUUUUGCUUGGCUUGUUAAUUCCAGGUAAA